UUUGGCUCAUCUAGUGCGAACAUCCCGAAAGGGGGAAACAUUGAUUUUCGAUGGCGACGGCAACCAUGACGGUGGCACCGCCGCCAGUUCCAGUUUACAGCAAGGAUGGCCUGUGCACAGGCACUACCGGAAGGGUUGUGCUGAAUGUGUGCCCCGAUGGCCAUUUGCUGAUUGACAAGGUGGUUACUGGUGGCCUUCUUGGCUUCAACUUCAAGCGCUGCGUACGCUGCAAUGAUCAACUGAAGACCGGCGUUGUGCGGCAUAGCUGCAAGCUUUGUGGCUUUCACCUUUGUGAAUCGUGCUGGUCACUGUGGAUGGCGCGCGACGCGCCGAAGACGUUGCUGACGGGCGCAGCGCCUUGCGGUUGCUCAACUUGGUCGACCCCGACAAGGUCCACGCCCACCACCAGGUCCACCCCAACGACACGUUCCUCGCCUGCCAGGGCGAGCAGCAGUGCCAGUGUAGCUACGAAGAUGGUGCCCGCAUGCAAAUAUGGCGCAGGCUGCUAUCAGAAGAGUUCCUGGCAUCUUCAGCAAUUUGCGCACCCGGGCGACCAUAAUUACCGGCAUGGCCUCGUGUGUUUCAGUAGUGGGCAGUUCCCAGAAUUUCAGAACCUGUGGGAGCUCUUUCAGUUCUAUGACAGAGCUGAAUCUGGGCACUUAGACAAGGAGGAGUUUAUCCAAUCGCUUCAGAGUUGCCAGCGCCUUGGCUGCGCAGAACUGCCCAGUGCAGAGGACGCCUGGACAGAGGCCGGUGGUCCUUGCACAGGAUUCCUAAAUUUUAGCCAGUUCGCCCACUUCGCAGAGGCCAUGGGGCUAGCAUUGCCUGUGGGUUUGGAAUUAUCGGGAGCACAACGGCACUGCAGGUUCCGCAUCCGUUUAAAAAACAACGGGGAGGAUGGUGAGGAGGAGUUUACCUGCAGCUGCACUUGCUUUGACCCGGACAAGCGAGGAGGAGGUGUGUUGUGCAAAUGCGGGCACAAGCUUAGCAUGCAUCGCUCCAACUAUGCUGAGGACACCUAUGCCAACAUCGAUUCGCACCUGCGAGAUGGUUGGAUCCCGGACCAGGAAGGUCUAGUGGCUGUGACCAACAAGGACUUGCUUUCAAAGCUUCAAGCAGUGCUGAACGACAGCCACAAGACCCACGACAACUGGACCCGAGACAGAGGUUGUAGGCUGCAUGGUGUGAAUGGCUGCUCUUGGGCAUGUGCCGCGAAAAACCGCUGUCCCGUGCCCAGCGGCUUCAUGUUGCAGGCAGCCUACAGGAACCAGAGCCCAGAGUUGUGGAGAAGGUAUUGUCUGAUGAAGCAGGCUAUCCGUUUAGAAUGUGCACGAGGAGAAGAAUUCCCGCAGCCUUCUUUGUUGAGUGCAGCAGACUUGGAUUCUGAGUUGGACAAGGACUGCAAUGAGUGGCGGUGCUUUCAUGGCAGCGCGCCUGAAAAGCUCCGAGGCAUUUGCGAAGCAAACUUCAAGCCUGCCAUGGCUGGCACAGGUGCUACCUGGAAGGAUCCAGGCGCCUCGAAAGGCACACCCUUGUAUGGCUUUGGCUUUUACUUCGCAGAGCGCAUCACCAAGGCAGAUGAGUAUGCGAGGCCUCUGGAAGAUGGAGAGCAUGAAGGCCUCUAUGCAGUUCUACUUUGCCGGGUGGUCGGCGGCCGUACAAAAGUCGUUACCAACAACGACAUCAACAUAGACGGGCUUCGGGGAUCUGUCUUCGAUGGCCCCUACCACUCCGUGUUCGGCGACCGUGUCACCACACUGGGAAAGCCCUACCGUGAAGUGGUGGUGUACGACAAGGACCAAUGCUACCCGGAAUUCCUUCUCCUCUAUCGGCGCGACUUCAGCUGAUGGUAAGGGCCUGAUUGGAUGGUAAAGAUGCCAAGAUGGCGCCGCCUUCAGCCGCGCAAGAGUUCCUCGCCAGAACCUUUUUCUUCAGAUGCCGCGGAUGCUAUGCAGGGUCCGUGGAUCCAAGAAGAGAAUGUGUUUGCCGAGCAUUUCUUGGAGCUUCCUGUUGCUGUACAGUUUCAACAGGUUCCACACAAGAAGGCUGUGACCGUUGAUCUUCUAGUUGCCC